AGUUUGGUAAGAGUGAGUGUGAGACCCGCCUCGCCCCUGCAACCUUGCAGAGUGUGUGUGGUUAAAGAGGGUGGGGCAAAACACAAAGCAGAGGUAUUACGUUUUCAUCAGUAACAACAGCUGUUCUUUUUAUGCAUUAAUCAAGUCUAUUCGUGGGCGCCAAGCAAAUAAAAACCAGCAAAGACAGUGUCUUCGUCAACGCUACUACUACCAGCAACUGGUAGAAAACGAGAAUCACCACUUAAUCCAGAUGUGGGACUUGAGUUGAAACUGGCUUACGGUGGGAUCGUAAACAGUUGGAAAUACUGUCUAAAAUGAAGCCAGGGAACAUAAUGGGUCAGAUAGAGCUUCAGAGAAUGCUGACCUCUUCUUUCAGUAAAUCCAGUUUGUAAAAGUUGCCAUUUAUUCAUGUGGGCUCUAAUCAGGAGGCUUAAGCUUACAAGAUGAUGUGAGCGGCUUGUAAUAGUAUUGAGAUGAGUACAUGAUUUUACUGGGAAGAAACUGAAUGUCUCCUUAGACUUCUCUCUCCACAACAUGAAGCAUUUAGUUCCAAUACUCAACAAAAAUUAUUUAUGCUCUGGAAAUCUCAAGAUCCUGGGAGGAAAAAAAUGAGAUUUUAUUCAUUAAACCAAGUGAUUUUUGAUAAGUUUGUGUAACAAACAUUUUUUCUCAAAAUACCAAGUCUAGAAUACAAAUUCAUGUUCCUGCUUUUUUCUUUUGUGUGACUUCAGAUAAAUAAUGUAAAAUUAUUUCUAAAUUUUCAUUUUAAGUUAUGAAGACACAGCAGAACUAACUGAAGUUAAUCAUGGAUACAAAUAGGGCAGAUUCCCCCCAAAUUGAUGGUAAUUUUAUGAUGGAUAAAAUUAACAGUUUAAAAGUGGAACCAGAAGAUGAUAGUAACUGUGCUUUAGAAACAAUUGAUAUAAAAACUGAGCAAGAAGAGUUAAGGCAGACAGACAGCAGUGAUGAACAAGAUGACAGAGAAAAGAAUUUUAUCCACAAUAAUUCAGGUAAAUACAUCUCUGCUGAAAAUGAAGAUGAUUAUGGAACUUUGUUUUCUCAGUACAGCAGCACUCUUUAUGAUGUAGCAAUGGAAGCCGUAACACAGAGCCUUCUUUCAAACAGAAAUAUAAGCUCUCGAAAAAAGUCUCCUGCUUGGAAUCAUUUCUUUAUAUCUCCUAGAGACAGCACUAAAGCAAUAUGUAUGUACUGUAUGAAAGAAUUUAGCAGGGGUAAAAAUGAAAAAGAUCUAAGUACAAGUUGUCUCAUGAGGCAUGUGAGGAGAGCUCAUCCCACUGUACUUAUCCAGGAAAAUGGAAGUAUGCCAGCUAUAUCUUCUUUUUCUUCACCUGCAUUAUUACUGCCUCCUCAGCCAGUGGAUGUUGGAGAUUUAACCACCAUGUUGGCCCCUAUAAAAUUGGUUAAGAAAACUGUUUCAAAAGUUAUCUCUCCAGAUCGAGUAAUUGAAGAAUCUGUUCCUCUAGUUUCUACUGAAGAAAUGCCUUCAGACCUGUCACAUACUGAAACAAGCAAUAAUGAAGAUGCUGUUGUUGGGUCAUCUCAACAUUUCCCCAAUAACCAGUGUGAAGAAACUGAGAAUGUAGCAGAGAAAACUGUUCAGGUUCCUAAAAGUACAUCUGGCUCAAGAAGAAGAUCUGCUGUCUGGAAACAUUUUUAUUUAUCUCCUUUAGAUAAUUCAAAAGCUGUUUGCAUCCACUGCAUGAAUGAAUUUAGUAGAGGAAAAAAUGGAAAAGAUCUUGGAACCAGUUGCUUAAUACGACAUAUGUGGCGAGCCCAUCGUUCUAUAGUUCUACAAGAGAAUGGAGGUGGUUCAUGUAUUCCCCCUCUGCAUUCUGCUCCUCCAACUUUACUGCCACCUUUAUUGCCUUCAGAUGCUGAUCCAAGUUCUGUGUCAUCUCCUGGAAAACUGGCUAAAGAACCAACAUCUGUCUGUUCUUCUCCAGACAGAAUGGGUGAUGACAAUUCUAAUCUUCAUUUGGGAGAUGCUCUCAUGGAGGACUCAUCAUUAUUGUCAUCAUCUGAUGAUAUAGGUGAAGCUUCUUUAGUUUCUUCCCCUGAAAAAAGUCCUUUGAUAUUUGAACAUGGGUCUGUGUUUCAUCAGAAUAAACGAAUGAUGCGAAAGCUUAAAUCGGAAGUAUGGCAUCAUUUUUCUCUGUCUCCAGGGGAUAGUCUAAAAGUAGUGUGUAGGCAUUGCAAUUGUAUGAUAAAUCGUGGGAAGAAAGGUGAUAUCGGUACAAGCUGUAUGACAAGACACUUAUAUAGACGUCACCCUGAAGUCAUUGGGAUCCAGAAGAGCUUUAUAGAUGUGAGUUUAGCAAAUUCUCCUUAUGCUACUUUGGCUUCAGCAGAAUGUUCAUCCUCAAAAUUGACUGACUUACCUACAAUGGUUACUAAUGAUAGUCAAAUUAUAUUUCCUGUCAGUAGCAAAAAGACCUCAAAACUGUGGAAUCAUUUUUCAAUUUGUUCUGCAGAUUCAACUAAAGUAAUAUGUAUGCACUGUGGACGUACAAUAAGCCGAGGGAAAAAGCCAACCAAUCUAGGUACCAGUUGCCUUCUAAGACACUUACAACGGUUUCAUAACAAUGUCCUGAAACCAGAUGCCUCAGAACCGGUAUUGUCCUCUUCUGCAAAUAGUUGUGUGCCACUGAGCACAGAUCUGUUGGGAUCUUCAUCUUUUGAUGAAACCAAUGACAAAUUUUCUGACACUCACCCUGUUGCCAAAAAAAUUACAAGUCUUGUAGCUGAAAUGAUUGCACUUGACCUUCAGCCAUAUUCUUUUGUAGACAAUAUUGGCUUUAAUCGACUGCUUGAAUAUUUGCAGCCUCAGUAUUCUUUGCCUUCGCCAUCUUAUUUUUCUCGGACUGCAAUUCCUGAUAUGUACGACAGUGUGAAACAAAUAAUUGUUUCUCACCUUAAAGAAGCUGAAAGUGGAGUAGUCCAUUUUACAUCUGGAAUAUGGAUGAGCAACCAAACCCGAGAAUAUCUAACCCUUACUGCUCAUUGGGUAACCUUUGAAUCUAGGGCUCGACCACAGUGUGAAGAUUAUCAUUCUCAAGCUCUUUUAAAUGUUUCACAGAUAGAUUGUGACUACAGUGGUAUCAGCAUUCAGAAGCAGCUAGAAUAUUGGUGGGAAGCCUGGAUAACAUCAAUUGGGCUUCAGGUUGGGAUUACUGUUACAGAUAAUCAGACUAUAGGAAAAACGUUAAAUGAAGGGGAACAUUCAAGUGUGCAAUGCUUUGGUCACACAGUUAACCUCAUCGUGAAUGAAGCUAUUAAAAGCCAGAGAAUGGUUCAGAACCUGCUUAGUAUUGCAAGAAAGAUAUGUGAACGUGUUCAUCGGUCAGCAAAAGCAAGAGAGAAAUUGGCUGAGCUGCAGAAAGAAUAUCACUUGCCACCACACCAGCUAAUUCAAGAUGUCCCAUCAAAGUGGAAUACUUCAUUCCAUAUGCUUGAACGCCUGAUUGAACAGAAAAGAGCAAUUGAUGAGAUGUCCAUAGAGUGCAGCUUCAGGGAGUUAAUAAGCUGCGAUCAGUGGGAAGUAAUGCAGUCUGUCUGUCAUGCUCUCAAACCAUUUGAAGUUGCAAGCAGAGAAAUGAGCACGCAUAUGUCAACUUUAAGCCAAGUAAUUCCAAUGAUUCACAUACUCAACAGGAAAAUUGAACUACUCUUUGAGGAAACAAUGGGCAUAGAUACUAUGCUAAAAUCCUUAAAAGAGGCUAUGGUGAGUAGGUUGUCCUCCACGCUUCAUGAUCCAAGGUACAUUUUUGCUACACUUUUGGACCCUCGUUACAAGGCCUCCUUAUUCACUGAAGAGGAGGCAGAACAGUAUAAACAGGACUUAAUCAGGGAGCUAGAAAUAUUAAGUGCUACCUCAGAUGAUGAGAAACCUGUUUCCAAUGGCUGUGGUAUAGGUUCACCAUCUAAAAACUCUUAUGGGGACAAUCUUUGGUCACUUAUGGAAGACAUGAAAAAAACAAAAGUUCCAAAAGAGAAGGUAAUGUUGCCAGAAGAAAUGGUGCUUUUGUACUUGGAAGAAGAAGUGCUUGAGCAUAACUGUGAUCCCCUCACUUACUGGAACUUUAAAAAAUCAUCUUGGCCAGUGCUGUCAAAGUUGGCUGUCCGAUUCCUGGGUUGUCCCCCAAGCAUUGUCCCAUCAGAGAGAUUGUUCAGUACACCCAAUGAAAACAGCAGCUUUAGCCAGUCACGAAUAGCAAUUGAACACUUUGAAAAACUUAUCUUUUUGAAAGUAAAUCUUCCUUUGAUAUACUUCCAGUAUUGAAACUAAUGAACAAGCUGCCAGUCUAAAAUUGUUGCUCACUGGAUAAUUACUGUAUUUGUAACUUGGAUUGUUAAAUUGCUCCAAUUGGGGCCAUGUAUGACAUCUAAUCAGUGACUGUAGUUCCAAAUUCUAGAUUAAUUUUUCAGCUUUCUAUAUGUCUACAUGUGCCUUAUUAAUAAUCUUUCAGGCCAGAUAUUGUAUAUAUGUGUUUUUUAAAGUUCACAGUAGAAUUAGACUGUCGUCAUCACAAUUAUACAAAAUUAUGUAGGUUUUAAUUGAGAAUUGUAAAUGAACUUUUAAAAGUUGUUUCAAUAGAAUGGCAAAAAAGAUGUAAACAGUUCUAUUAUGUAGUUUUUUAUUCAAUUAUGUAAAAACUGUAAACCAGGUACUGUAUAUUAGUUGAACAUUGCUUUAAUUGCAAGAAACAUUUUGUAGCUGUCAGAAGAAAGCUGUACAUAAAAGGUGGAAUUGAAGCCAUCUUUCUAUUUAGCAGGUUUUAACUGCAGGCCUAAUGUACUUAAAGGGUAAUGAGAAUAUUCAAGUAUGUAUGUACUAAGGGUGGCUGUCGAAUUAGUAUUUGACUAGACUAAACUUAGAGGUAUUAUGGAACACCAAUUAUACAGUAACCUAUAAUCUUGCCAUUCAGUGGUCCCUAUUCAGGUUUUUACACUGUAACUGAAUUAGAGCUUGAGUAUUUAUAAGGUCUUUAGGAUGUUUAUUUUCAUUUUUUUCCAAUUAAUGUUUGUUAUUUAAUGCCGUGUAUUGAAAGAUAAAAAAAUAUAUAAAUAGUAGGCAUCAUGCUAAAGCCUCUUACAGUUGAGGGCAUCAAAAGAUCCAAUACUUGGUGUAAAGAAUUAUGUCCUGGUUUUCUUUGUAAUUGAAAACUGUGUGUGACAUCCUCUUGUGUUCCUACAAGAAACUAAUUCUCAACAAUAUCCCUUUUAUAGGUUGGUGUUCUGCUUUAGAAUGUUAUAUGGUAGAGUUGACCUGUAAUUGACAGUGUCCACCAGGCAAAUAAAAUACAGUAGAACUUUCCAGACCUCAUACUGAAGUAAGAUUAGCCAGCAUUUAAAUGGUAAACAGUAUGCUCUUAAAGUUUUUAAAUAUAAAUCUCCUCAUAUUCAAUGCAUUGAUAAAAAUUUGGGGAAAUGAGUUGCCUAUGACCUUUAGGAAAGAUGUAGUUUUGUUAAAAUACUGUACCUCUGCCUAAUUUUUGCAUUUACUAUGUUUUAGUGUAUUUAUAAAUGGUGAACUCAGUUUCUGAAAUUAAACAUUUUAUUUGCAAUUUUUA